CGGCCACAUUUAUAAGGCAGGGAAAAGAGAAGCUAAAAUUGCGCGGUAACGGGGGCUAACAAGUAACGACCGAACAAAUCCUAUCCAUCUUUUCAAAUAGUCUUACAGAACCAAGAUCAUCAUAUUCUUUCUACAUCCUAGUAAAAUUACUACCCUUUUACUUGUUGAUAUGUCUCUUCAAUCUGCCAAUGUUACCUCUUUUCACAAACCCCAUCACUUUAAAUCUUCUAUUAAACCUCUUUCUAAAUUACCCAAGUCCAAAAUUGUUGUUACCAAAAGGAGGAAACCAUUAAAAUUAGUUUGUAGCCAAGAUGAGGAUUAUUACUUGGAUGCUCCUGUUUCUGCUGGUGAUGGCUUCUCUUUCAGUGGAGGAAAGUAUUCAGAUGGAUCAAGUCCUGCUGAUGAAUGGUUCAAGCAGGGAAAAAUGGUGAAAGCUUAUGUUGUUCGCAGCUCAGGUGAGAAGGCAAAAGAUCCAAUAUUCGGGUUGACAAUGGGCAGCAGUUCUCAAGGUUCUGAUGACGUGUUUAGAUGGUUUUGUGUUGAAAGUGGAAGUACUGAUAAUCCUUCAGUCAUGCUCAUUCAUGGUUUUCCAUCACAGGCUUACUCAUAUCGCAAAGUUCUUCCAAUACUUUCCAAGGACUACCAUGUCAUUGCUUUUGAUUGGCUAGGAUUUGGAUUUUCAGAUAAGCCACAACCUAAAUAUGGUUUUGACUACACAAUGGAAGAAUAUACUGCAUCCUUGAAAACUCUGAUUGAUGAUCUGGUUCCGAAUAAGGUUUCACUUGUUGUACAGGGAUACUUCUCACCAGUGGUUGUGAAAUAUGCUUUUGAUCAUCAGGAUAAAGUCAAUGAUGUCAUCCUAAUUAAUCCACCCAUAACUGCAAAGCACGCCAAUCUGCCAUCGUCAUUGUCCAUAUUCAGCAACUUUCUGCUGGGGGAGAUUUUUUCUCAGGAUCCUCUCAGAGCAAGUGACAAAGCAUUGACUAGUUCUGGUCCAUACAAAAUGAAGGAAGAUGAUGCUAUGGUUUAUAGAAGCCCCUAUCUCACAUCAGGAUCCUCUGGUUUUGCACUAAAUGCAGUCAGCAGAUCUAUGAAAAAGCAGUUAAAGGAUUAUGUUCAGGAGUCAAGGAAGAUACUCAUGAAUGAAAACUGGAAAGUCCGCACAACUGUUUGUUGGGGUCAAAGGGAUCGAUGGCUAAACUAUGAUGGUGUCGAAGAUUUCUGCAAAGAGUCUAAUCACAAAUUGGUUGAACUCCCCAUGGCAGGGCAUCAUGUACAGGAAGACAGUGGUGAAGAGCUUGGGAAUAUUGUUGCUGGGCUGCUCAGUAAACAGAGACGUAUAUAGUACUUGCAUUUUAUUGAAGGUUUAACACGCAAUUCUUGCUGAUCAGGCGAAAUAGUUUUUGCUAAAAAAUUUAAUGUAGCAAUUUCUAUGACAAGCAGAAAUGUUUAUACUCCUUAGUACGUCAAAUGAAUGGAUGAUUUAGCUCAAUCUUUCUACUCAAUCUAAUGAUAAGAAUUUCCUUAGUUCUGUUUAAUAGCUAAGAAACUAUCAGUUCACAGAAAAUAUGUAGGCAGGGCUACAAAGUAGAGUGAGCAUGUUAUCUACA